AUGGCCCAAGCUCUCAAUCUCUUGAUCUUGACAACUCUGGUGGCUGCUGCUAUGGCUCUCCCAACGUCCAUGGCUCGGCCUGGAGAUUCGAUUCCAGCCAGUAGUUCAGACCUCAUGGCGAGGCUGAAGCUAGACGACGAAUCAUCAAACUGUUGGGAUUCUCUGAUUCAGCUCCAGUCGUGCACCGGCGAGGUGAUCUUGUUCUUCCUGAAUGGGGAGACUUACUUGGGGCCUAGCUGUUGCCAUGCCAUAAGGAUCAUCGGCAACCAUUGCUGGCCAGCCAUGUUUGGAACCAUAGGUUUUACUACUCAAGAAGUUGAUCUACUCCAAGGCUAUUGUGAUCAUGAAGAAACUACUCCCCACUCCCCACCUCCUCCGCCGUCUCCGUCUUCGCCCUCGCCGUCCUUUCAGCCUCAGCCUACUCUUGAUCAUCAUGGUGAUCGAGUUGGUAUCUAUGGAAAAUUGUUUCCGUGAAACUAAUAAUGAAAAUUAAGUUUUAGCUUUGUCUACGUACGUAUUUGUCUCGUUUUUGUGGUCAUGUUUUUAG